AUGCAUAUGCUAACAUCUAUCAGGACAUCAAAUGGGAAGAUCGAGAUCAUCGAUCAACUGCUCUUGCCACACACAACAAAGUACGUGGAAAUCACCUCUAUCGAACAGGCCUAUGAUGCCAUCAAAGACAUGAAGAUUCGUGGUGCUCCGGCCAUCGCAUCGUUGGCAUCGCUAGCUUUUGCUGCUUACAUUCAAACCGGUCUCGAUAGUGCUCAACCACCAGCCUUCCUCCUGUCACCCGAAUCACUUUCCGCACAGGUGAUCCAGAAACUCGACUAUCUCUCCGGCGCACGUCCGACUGCCGUUAAUUUAGGCGCAGCAAUUCGCCGCCUGAAGGCUGUCCUUCAGUCUUCUAUAGAUGCUGGAAAGUCUGUCCCACUGAUCGCAGCAGACUUGAUCAGCGAAGGAAAACUUAUAGCCGAUGAAGAUUUCGACCGCAAUAAAAGAAUGGCAGAGCAUGGCGGUGAAUGGCUUGCAGAACUUGAAAGGGGAUCUGGAGGCAGUGGUCAAGGACUUAAUGUCCUCACCGUGUGCAACACAGGAUCCCUUGCGACAUCGGGCUACGGUACAGCUCUGGGCCUGAUUACCUAUCUUCACGAGCAAAAGAAGCUAGGUAAAGCAUACUAUACCCAAACCGCACCGUACCACCAAGGGUCCCGCCUCACAGCACUAGAGCUCAAGACAAUGCAGGUCCCCUCAGUAAUGAUCUGUGACACAAUGGUUGGUUCUUUAUUUCAACACCAUAAGAUCCAUGCCGUCGCGGUUGGUGCCGACCGAAUAGCGAGGAAUGGUGACACUGCGAACAAAAUCGGGACUUAUAAUGCGGCCGUACUUGCGGCGCGGCAUAAGAUCCCAUUUAUUGUUGUUGCCUCAAUUAGCACUGUCGAUCUCGAUACCCCGGACGGUUCAAGCAUUCCGAUCGAGCAUCGCAAGCCGCUCGAAGCUUGCCUCGUGCGCGGGGCUGUUCAUCCCUUUGAAUUUGAUGUCGAAGGAAAGGUUAGGCAGGAAACUGUCAUGAUUACCCCGAGCGGCCUCGAAGGGAUAUACAAUCCGAGCUUUGAUGUUACCCCAGCUGAAUUAAUCACCGCGAUUGUCACAGAGAAGGGCGUCGCAACUAGGAAAGAGGGCGAGACUAGUUUCGAUCUAAGUGGAGUUGUAUGA